UCAUGACAGGACAUUAUUGCGAGGAGAACUCUCUGCUGAAAAGCGAGAAGGAGAUUAACCAGAAGAUCCUGAAGCUGACACGGAGCUCUGCAGGGGGGGACGCCAGUCCGGAAAACCCAAAGAAACGCAUCCGGACGGUGUUCUCUAAGCCUCAGCUGCUGGGUCUGCAGCGAGCCUUUCAAAAGAAUCCCUAUGUGGUUGGAGUAGUGAAGGAUCAGCUGGCGAACAAACUCCACCUCACAGAGACUCAGGUGACUGUCUGGUUUCAGAACCGCAGGGCGAAGGACAAGCGUCGCAAGCUGUAGGAAGAGUCUCCUGAAGCGCUGCUUCCUCUCCUGCUGAUGUUCAGGAGGGGUUCUGCUCGUUCUCCCGCACGGCCAGAGGGGUGAGCCAGGACUCGUCCAUGAAGACGGCGCUGAUGGCCGUCGCUGGGGUCGGCCUCGCCGGACUCACCUUCCUCCUGGUGCGCUAAACUAGCCUUCGUCAUCAUUAACACAGGGUGCGUACGGGUGCUGGA